AUGAGUGCGCUUUAUGGUGGGGCGAAGUGUUUGAAAUUCUGCACCUUCUUCUUUAAUUUGGUUGUCUUUGUAAGUUUCGCUUCAUACUUAAUAGGAGUGCGCGUCCUUAUUGUUAUUUUCUUUGCGGAUGCUUUUUAUACUGUUUCUAUAUAUCACCCGUGUUAGCAUUUUAGUCGCCCAGGGCUAGCUCAGUCUCGGACCAGUCUUAUGAUUGGCUGACUGUCUUCGGCAAUCUUUUCGCGCAGCAACUCAUUUGUGUGGCUCGCAUCACACACUCGUCGUCAGCCAAUGCGAUCGCGUCCCUAGCCCCGUCGUAGCCCCGUCAUAGCCCCGCCGAAACGGGGCCCAGCCCCGUCUGGCCCCGGGGGCUAGGCGGGGCUAGACGGGGCUGGUGCUAGCAGGGUACUAGCCCGCAAAUCCAAACGGGCUAGCAAAUGUCUAGCCCUGAGCGCCUAAACGCCAUCAGGGUUGGAUACAUAUGUGUACACAUAUGUAACGUUACUCCGUGGGUAUCGGACCAGAACAAGGAUUGAGGGAGAGCUGAAGAUGAUCCGCAUGCUUUCUUCCACAGCUGUUAUGCACGAACAAAUAAUGUGAGACGUUAAGUGUAAACAGACCGCGUAUACUGUGAUCCCGGCGUCGGUCAUGUCCAAGCGUGCGACGGUUGUCGACAGACAGUUGUUAUAUGUUCUACCUCAAUAUGAGUGACCUGUAAAGAGAGGAGACGGUUAGCUGUUACUUCUUCCACAUGGACGGAACGUCGAGAUGUUGGUAGAGGUCGUAUGCUACUUCGACCACCUCUGGAUGACUCACCAUGACACAUGGUAAAAGCAUAUGUGAAUAAAACCCUGUAGAACUACGAAACUAGUGUAAAGAAGGGACAUCCUGGACUUCUAUAUCUUCCUGCGGUACGGCAGAAUGUUCCUUCACCGAUAUCUGAAUUCACGGUGUAGACUGCCAUUGCUAGACAAUUGUGUAGGCUACGACAGGGAUAUUCUGCAGUCCAUGCAACGUACGCCGUUAAUUCACAGUGCAGUACCUAUUAACUACUCCUAAAUAAACCAAGGAGCUGUCAGCUGGUGGCUGUAGUCAGUAAAUACCUUUUAGUCCAAUUGGACAUCCGGCCUUGAUGGUCCGUAAUAAAUGACCACUGGAAACGCACUACUCAUAACUUGUACGAUUUUUAGAUAGGCCAAGAUUCUCCAACUGCACAUCUACCUCGACCGCUUUUUCAAAAUUAAACAAAUUACUGCUUGAGACACCUCAUAUCUGCGUCCUCAAACCUAGAUAGACAUAACGCCCACGAGACACUGGGACAACACUUACGGUUCCAAAAAAGUACUCCCCAUCGUGUCUUUCACAUGCUUUCUAAAACUUGCGAACAUUGUCUUCACGUGGCACUUGCUGCGUGUGGGCAUACAGUCUGCACUUUCACCUUUCUCGUAGGCAUCUCUUCGGCUGGAGUAUUUGUUUCAAAACUGUCGGCUGAGAUGCCGACCGCGUCAAGUACCCCGCAACUAUCCGUAGCACCUGUAAGUUCUUCAUCUGCGCUCGUGCAGCAGUUUUACCGUGACUCGGAUGAUGAACUUCAUGAAUAGACAUUUCAGUUCACCAAUAUUUCCUUAUGCAGUCUCGUCCAAAAAUCCGCCUUUGAAAGAUGCCUUGGGCUCUCUAGUCAGUAUCGAGACAAUUCCCUCAAGAUGAAUUGGAUUAAACAGCAACGAAAAAAUGGCAAAUGUCGGCGUCAGUCGCCGUUAGUACUCCACACGUCUGCCUCCUUGGCGUUGGAACGAGAAAUGUCCACCAAAAUCAGUAUUAAUCAAAUGCCCUGUCAAUCGCUCCCUGUCGCUUUUCUCAAUGACCUUAGUGGUCACAACGCCACGGCGACAGGUUUUACGCCAGCCAGUGUCUCCUUGAGGUCACAAACGUUUCGGGUUGAGCGUGUGCACAACCCCGGCAACGCAAGCCUAAUUCGUGAUUAACCAAAUUUCACGUUGGGCACUGGUGCUUACGCAUUCAAACGUGGACCCUGCCUGUUUCAGACAGUUGAUAUGUGGACAACUUUUUCUUUGUAAAGCGUUGAAACUCCGCUUUUAGCAUUUACUUUUAAGGAGGUGGGGCAGGGGGCGUUUUCGCUGAAAAAAAGACUUGGUAUGACGCGCCCAAGAGUAAAAAGAUCGAGGUUCUGACCAGAAACAAUAAAUUUUUACCGAUUGACCACAUUUGUUUACCUUAAAGUACUGCAACCAGCUCUCAACAGCAUUCUUUUCAUAAACGUUCUUUAUAAUUGUUCGAGGCGGCUGACUCCACGCAAUUGUCAGAGUGAUGUGAGGGGGUCAUGUCUAGUGUUCGGAGUCGGGUCUUGCUGACCAUCAGGACUGUCGACAAGUCCAGCAGAGAUAUGAGUUUUUGCGAAUGCCGCAUUUAUUUGAAUUAAACGGGUGCGAACUGAGUUGACUUCUCCGAAGUCGCUUUAGCGCCAACGUAUGGAACGUCACACCCUGUAUUAUAUGUUUGCUGACGUCAUCUCUUGAUUCCGUCUCCAAUUUUUGAACGGUAACAACUCUGACAGUCCAGAUGCGCUGUCGCCAUAUCUAGCAAUCGAUAGAACACUGAAGAGCACCCCUGGACGGUGUUUCCUAAACUGUUCCUAUAGGGUCUAAUGCCAUCAUUGCACAAAGCAAAGACAGGAGUAAUACGAAUAAAUAAUCAGCCCGCCGGUAAACAAAGUCGAGGAACUUAUUGCAUUAUAAAAUUAACGGGACUUAGCUUCGUUUUUUAACAGCAUUGCGGCCUACGGGCUCGUCCUAAGACUGUGGACAUCCCUCCCCAAGUUGGAAUAUCUGCGAACCUCUCAACUGAAACGCCGACCCUUAAGUAGUCGUGGAACAUGUGGCAGUUAUAUCUUAAGGGGCUACUGGCCUGUGUUCCGGAAAGUUGACAGUUUCUAAACGGAUCAGAGCCUGAUGCUGCAUCAUGGUCGCAAAUACCACCCUCUGCCAGAUAACCUUACAUCGAGCACCGCAGUUUUUUGAGCCUACGUCCGAAUUCCAUAAACUUACGUGAGUUUCAUCGGUUCUCACGCGGAUCCAAUUUUGUUACGACGUACGCGGAAACCAAUUCUUUCGAACCCUGACUAGUUCGUUAUCUUCGAAACGUGCGAACUGGCCCUUGUGGACAUUGAAAUGAAACCAGCGGUAUUUGCAUGAGCAAGCACUAACAAAAACUGUAUGCCCACUCAUGCACUGAUCUCGCCUGUCUGCUGGAUGUCCAAUUGUGUGGAUCCAGAACCAUACUGUUUAGAAUCUUUGUUAGAUCCAUUCCUAUGCCUACCCUGACAGGUUUGGUUUCGGAAUGGCACACGUCAACAGGCAGGCCGUCUUAAUGACAUAGAAGCCAUUCACAUUUCGCAUUCAGAUGACCGGAUAACGUGACGACCUAUAGUUGUGUAAAACUAUAUGUCCAACUUUCAGGGUGACGUGAUGAAAUCGUUCGAAAAGACUUUUCGGCAGUUAUCUUGCGAUCUCGACAUAUUUACAGGAAAUUCUUACGUUACCAGCAAGUUUGUUGUGAAUAUUCGGUACGCUGAGGGCGACAGUCGACACCCCAAAAACCUACUAACGAAGUCUUCGAGUGACGGGGCUAUCAUCACGGAAUCCGCACAUCCUUCGAAUUCCAUACCUUACAGCAACCUUGACAGAUAACUGACAAAAUCGGCGUUAGCAGGCUUUAGUAGGGCGAUAUAAUCAGUUCUCUUCGCUGGGUCAGUGACUCCCAUUCUGUGCCGAAAAAUCACCACGUUCACGAACUCUAGAAAUAGGAGUUAUUUUUAAUCACUAUUACAUCCCGUUCUUAUCCUACCAAUGAUGUUUUGAUAUUGUGGCCACGAAAAUAAGGACCUUUGUAACUUCAGGCUUAUUAUUUGACGGAUGCAACUCACAGGGGUCGCGCAGUCCGAUUGAGUGGAGAGGUCGACAACCCGUUGGGUCAGGUGCAAGUCGGGCCGCAUACCCUGCCACCUAGUCGUAUAGUCAUUCGACCAGAGGCAGAGGAAUGAAAGAGGGCCAUUGGAUUUCAGUUUUUCACUGUAAUCGACUUUCGUUGAGGAGGAUGAUCCUUAUCAAGAACCACGAAUAGGCCACGGCUAGCCGGCCAUUAAGUCCUGGAAAUUCGCCGCUGUUUAUAUCAUGGGAAGCCAUAUAAACGCUAAUUAGUGAACUUAUUGGUUAACACUGCCUUAACUUGUCGGCUCGCGUCUGCGAAUGUGUGUGAGAACCUUUCUUUCGCAGACUUCCUAGUCUGACUGCCUGAAUUCUAUGGAUGUAGAAUCCGCCCGUCUAUUGUGCAGAGAUUAGCGAACUCAAUUACUUAUUGAGAAUAAGUAAAACCUUCUAACUUGUUAGCUGGAAACGUGGACGUGAACGCGGGCAAGGCUUCUUUUUCGCUCCAAAUCACCUGUCUCUCGUGUCUUCCCGCAUAGCAUGCCUUGGAUCGUGUGAGCAAUGGCAGCGAUGAUUGUAAAAGCGCUGUCUUGUGAUACUGAUAAUAUGGAAUAUUAGAGUCACGUCGCCAAAAGAAAUGAAACUGAUAUGCUUUAUUUUCGUCCUAUUUGUGUAACAUUGCUUUUUAAUUUUUGGUUUUUAAACAUGUUCCUGUUUGACGUUUCUUCGACUUUAUCUCCCUUUAGAUAUGUGGUAUCGCUGUUACUGCGUUUGGCGGUUAUCUCUACUACCAGAUGUCGGUACACGAAACCGGCUUCUAUAAUGUUGUGAUUGUCACGUCGAUUGCACUCAUGGCUGUCGGAACCACCGUCGUAGCCAUUGGAUUUCUAGGAUGCUGUGGUGCAUGUUACGAAAACGUCUGCAUGCUUGUCUCUGUACAUUAAUCCUUUUUGAAUUAUAACGAUCCUUAGUUUGCCACUAUUGUAGCUAUCCUUUUGGCACUACAAGUGACAUUAUUAGUCCUCUGGCUUACGUAUAAGGAUGAGGUAAUCCCAUUAUUACUAUGACUUUCUUGCAGGCUUUCGCCCAGCUUCUUUCUUCCAUUAAGACUGCUUUUGAAGUCGAAGAAGGCAGAAAUCGAAUCCAAACAAAUGUAUUUAUUCCCAGUUUUUGACUCCUGUUUCGGUUUAGCUAAAAUGUUGCGGGUAUGAAAACAGCCCGAAUAUCAGUGACCUGCCCCCGAGUUGCUGCGAAUACGGCGUCCACUGCACGCAUCUGAACGCCUACAAACAGGUAUUUUUUGGGAAAUUCUAUCUUUUGAUGAUUUACUUAAUUGUCCAAAUCUCCUUAUCACUUAAUGCUUCAAGCGAAAACAGUAUACUUACGAUCAAACAUCUCAAAUUUCCAUCGACCAGUACGUUCUGUAGUCAACUUUAGGACCCCUCGUUUCAGCUGUUAUAUUCCGCCACAAGUCUCUGAGAACCCCGCUGCCUUUCCUGUACGACAGUCACCUUUGACACAUUAGUGAGCUAACUAUCUUUGCAAACAGAUGCCUACGCGUCACUGUUUACUUUAAUUAGGGUAGCCAGAUUGGUGACAUGCGAUGGCGCGAAAUUCAUGGGCAGCUGCAGUGUUCACCAAACCCAUGUGGAAUUGACUUAUGCCCGGAAACUGGUCUACAAUGUCGGUAAUUGUAGUUCGGUCUGAGGGCCAGGUAAGAGUAGCGCUCGCCGAUCUAUCCUAGGUAUGGAACCAACCAUAGGCCAUUCGUUUUACCUUGGAGCCCCGAUGCAAAGCCCUCACAGGUGGUUGAGAAAACGAAGAACAGUCUAUAAUCAAGAAGUAGUGCUGAGGAGAAUCCAGUUUCAUGUCCUGGUUUCCCUCGUUUUUGUCGACAUUUCUCUUCAUCUGCCAUGUCCUGGUUGCCGGAUACUUGCGAGUGUUCAAUGUCGAGGCGCAUUUUAUUUUAAAUAAUUUCGAAAAAGUUCGGCGCGUGUUAGGCACAUGUCUUGGCGGUCGUUUAGGUGCGACCUUGCAGUCAUUGCAAGUUUUGGGAGUACAUUAAUAGGCCAGAUGCCUACGUGUGCAGGUGCAUAGGCAACACUGUUUACUAUAACGUGAGAGGCCACAUUUAUAGUAAAGUGCGCUAACCAAUGCUCCUCGGACUGCCUUGGUAUGCACAAAACUCGCAACAAACUGACCGAUAUCCUUAAACGGACGAAGAAGUAGAUUACUUUCGUGGGUGUUGACGACUGAAGCCCGCGCUGCUCGGCGUCCUAAUAGUUUAUAGUCUGCGACCUGCGAUUGCCGAAUGUUUUCUAGACAUUUGGCAUAUCGUUUAGAGAGUUGCCGCUGAGUUUAAUUCAUCCCUCUUACACACUUAAGUGUCCAUCCUUUGUCGAAAUUAUCAAAAAUAGCCUGGCGUGUAACCCUUUUAUUGGGAUUCGUGAAUGAACUUACUCCCGAAGCUACAGUUAUUCGUCCUUCAAGAAGAUCCAAACUUUAAUUAAGAGGCUUCUUGGAACGUUUGUCACCUACUGUGAUUAGGCUGUUCGCUUCUGUUCACAAGGAGUUUUCGGCAACGUUUCCAAAUUUUGUGUUGUGAAGACCCAACUAAGCCUGUCGUCUUUCUUUAUUUUCUGUCUUGUAGACAUGCAAACAGGCCUUUACAGCUCUUUGGGAAUCGGCUGGUCGUAUAGUGCUCAUUGUAUUUGGAGUGCUGUGCGUCGUCCAGGUUCUAGCAAUCUCCGUGGCCUGUUUUCUACAAAGCAAGGUGAGGGAGCUGCGCUCUUUCUAAUACAUCAAAUUACAAUUCCUCACCGUCCACCGGUCUUCUCAACUGCCUCCGACGGAUUAAUCGAUAAAUUUGCAUGGACUGUUACCUCCAACAGUUUUCUUCUAAGAUAACUUCUGUUAACAUAAAAGCCCUAGUAAUCUUCUGUGAGAUUUUCAUGUUGCAUAACAGCCGUCUAAAGUGCUCACCUUCUGGAUCUGCAAGAUCCAGACUAAAGACCGUGGGUUGAGCAUGGAUAAUUCAGGCAUUUCAUAGGAUGACCAAUUUAUCCCAUACGCAACGGACUACCCACCACAGGUUUAGCAUAUUUGAUCUGUCUUGGAGUCUGUGGACAUUCGAAUGUGCUCCAACAAGACUUCCACUGUAGAUGCGGUAGACCAAAAGGGCUUAGACUGGCUCUCGACAAGGGUUUGGCGGGUUGUGCCGAGUCUGCACGAAUCCACAACAGCUGUAGCACAUAUGUGCGUGUGGCAGACUUUAGACUUAGGUUUGCGCGCCGCGUCAGCCAUCGCGCCCAACCCCAGCAACAGUUAUUUAAAAGGCUCACCCCGUCGGUUGCUGCGUGAGUAGAUGGGAGGGGCGAGUAAAGCCGGCAGCGGGAAUCCUUCUUUACGACAGACAAGCACGUUCCUCCCUAUGACCAGUCCGACACGUUAAGAGUCGUGGCUGGGUAGGUUUCUAACCGGUGGCAUAACGCGGUCUCUCCCAGGACAGAAUCAGGCUGCAAUGGCUCCAUCGCCUAUUCCUGUGAGAUCGGAGUCGACCUUGCUGUAGUUUGGUGUAUGUAGUGAAGACCGGGGCGUGUGUGCUCACUGAGCCCGAGCUCACUUACGGUUGUCUUGAAAUUUUCUCCCUCCAGGAAGGGAGUGGAUGAGAAAAUGCGGUAGGUGCUGCGUAAGUCUACUUCAUAAAAUAAUUCGCGCGCUACUCUCCGGUCCUGCUCUCACUGGCACACGGUGGACGUUGAUUGUGAGGGUUGAGUUGUUGGAUAUGGACACUGGUUGUUCCCACUCGGACUGACAGUUCCUCAUUCACGCUGGCUAGGACGAAGGCCAUAUCGUCCCAUAGUAGGCGUUACUAGGACUACUCUGAACUUUAAUGAGUCUCUGAUUUGUCACGCACGCGUCGACGAAGCUCGUGCCGCGUAAGGCACUGCACCCUAUUUUUUGUCUCCCAACAGACUCAGACAGCCAUUGGGACACGGAAGCGCAUAGAGAGUGAGGUCGAUCCAGCGGCCAGUCUUGUCAGCACUCUUCCCAUCAAUUGUGGUACGUAACCUGCCCUGGCUUUGAGAAAUGGAUCGAAAAUUUGCCCCUUUAUACGUGGAUUCGCGCCCAAGUCACCCCUAGGUCCGUGGUCGGUUUUGGCCCUCGUUGUUUGCGAUUGUUAAGCUAUACUAAUAGCCGUAAACUGACAAUUGGCCACCCCAGGUCGGCUCAAGAUGAGAUCCAUGAGUAUAUGGGGAGGGUCUGUUCGGGUAAUACCUAAUUAAUAUGCGAAGUAGGAACAGCACGUGUGGUAUGCAUAAAACCCGGACCAUAUGCUUUGUCAGUCGAUGCGCCCAAGCCUAUUUCGAGCGUAAUCUUGCUCAGAGCGCGAUGGAUGUGCGACAGGCCAUGCCGGGUACUCCGCGAAUAUAACUCCAUGGGCCAUCAAACAAGGCUAAGACCCCUUGUGACUUUACGACUAUUAUCGUUGUUAUCCGACCUCUGGUAAUUCCCAACCGCGUGUUCGGCGGACUCGUCCACCGAUCAGCCACUAAUUGUUAGUCUGUGAUGUUAAAUUCCAGCUGAUCUGAGCAGACGGUCCUUGGACGAUUCUGAAAACCGCCUUUGGUUUGGGGUCGAUUUAGUCAGUCUGUACUGCACUUCGCAUCUCAGGAGCUUGAAUGCUACCGAGGUUGGAUCCAGCGACUAAGGCUUUUACCUCGGGAGUAAAUGUCAUGUGCAAAUCCUUAGACUUGGUAAUCUGGAAACGAACCCCAACUGUGUGUGAGGUUUCGCCCAAAACGGACAGAAUGAAAUCUUCUAUUAAUUCUCGAGUUUGGUCGGCCUCCACGAGGCGAGCGUCUGUUCAGAGGUUUAGGCGGGUUGGAGGCGCUUCCUUUCGGCACAGUUAAGCCGGAUUUAGAAUGGCUUCUUCACCACAAUUAUAAGUCCUAAAAGCUUGAAAACACAGAUUACGUAAAUUGUACGGUAUUCUCAUUCUCGAACUGUUAGUUCACCUGAGACCUGACAUUUUAGCCACUGGAACAUAAGCCGAAAUACUUAAACUGUGCUUGAUCUGCUCCAGGUGUGUGGUUUGUGCUGUGCGACUACGUACGGAACUCUGUAGACAUCAAGUGAUAAAGUGCACAACACAUUUAAGGACCAAAGGUUUACGUAAGUUGACUGAGGCUAACAUUUUGUCCCACUGAUAGGUCUUCACUUUGGCUCGGUCCGGAGGUCCAAUUUGGUCGAACGAAUGGGCAAACACAAAGCCAUUUGCAUUACUAACUCUAACUUCCUACAGGCAUGUGUUAACUUGGGAGACACGCGUGGGGAUUCUAUAA